UCAAAACACAAAAAAAAUCAUGGACGAAGAAGCAGCGACAGAGACUGAUCCUUUGCUGUCAAAGCACCCAGCAGCAACUCGGCGUCGUGUUGAUGCUUCGAUACCAGACAACAUACCCAUCUCGACUCAGCCCACACCAAACAACAAUGGCCAGGACAAUGACAGUGAGCCUCUUUCCCGCCAAGAGAUCUACACUCUCCUCGGCAUGGCUCCUCCAACAGCAAACAACACGACACCUCGUCACCUCGAAUCAGCCCAUGGCUUCUACAGUCAACUCUUGAAAGCCGAACGCCGUGCAGCACGUCAAUACCGUCUCUACGAUGCCGCAGUCAUCUUCCUCAUGAUCAUCCAACUCUGUAUCUCGGCCGUUUUCGUCGUGCUGGGCUCACUGCCGAACCUCGAUCGUCAUCACGUCGCUGUAGCCUCACUGGGCGCAAUCGGCACAGUCGUGGCAGGAAUGCUCGCGCUGAUGAGAGGACAAGGUCUUCCGAACAGAUUACGCAUGGAACGAGAUGCUCUGAGAAGAGUAGUGUUUGAGACCGAAGAGCUGUAUUGGGAUGCAAGAGCUGACCGAGACAUCGACUUUGGGGACAUCGAAAGAUUACGGGAUGCAUUCGUUGCUGUGGUGGAGGAUGCCAGAAAGAAUCAUCCAGAUGUGUGGACGCACAGCCCGGUGCCUGUCAGAAUCAAGACUGGAUUGAGUGGAAAGGGUAUGCAGAUGCCAGGAGCCGCACAGAUUGCGAAGUUAUGAAUAGAGUGGAAGCCCAUCGUCGAAUUGGCGCAUAUACUCAAGAAUUGCUACAUACAUG